AUGACGAGAAUAGGAAGCCGUAUGGUGGCCGCAGCGUUGUUGCUGGUGGCCGGUCUUGCCGCUCUUUCGCCAGCCGAUUCUGCAAGAGGAGCUCCGCCACAAGUCUUGGAACAUGUACAGUCGAAAUUCCGGGUCCCUGUCGGUGCUGCGCAAUUCAAAUUGAUAUGCCCAGUGAUCAGCCCUGACAAGAGCUCGCUUAUGGUCGAAUGGACGAAGAAUGGAGAAACGAUUGAUCCCGAUGGAACGACGAGAAUCAAAUUCUCGAAGAAUCAACGAGAAUUGCGAUUGAAGAAUGUGAUUCUUGAGGACAGUGGAGCCUAUGAGUGCCAAGCGGCGAACGGAUUUGGACAUCGGAAGAUUCUAUUGACAUUGCAUGUCUACAAUCCCGACUCUGACAGCUCUUUCCUGAAAGACUCGCUGGUAGAAACGCAACAACCAAAGCAGCCAGAAUGGCAGCCGGGAGCUGGUGUCGAACACGCAUCCGCCAAUCCAAUCCAUCUGCGAGCCGGUGAUCGAAUGGAGUUGAGAUGUCCGGCUCGAGGGAGUCCCUUGCCCGAAAUUCGAUGGUACAAGGACAAUAUUCUAUUGCAAAAUGGUCCCGAUCCAUACUCGGCUUCCUACGUGAUUGAGUCGGUCAACGAGAACACAACGGCUUCGUACAGAUGCGUCGUUGAAAACAAUCUGGGCAGCAUUGAUGCUGUGUUUCGAGUUCACGUGCAAAAAGAGGAAUCCGAAGCAACGCCAACAAUCGAACGCUCGUUCAACUCUUCCGUGAAAUCAGGAAGAACCGCACAAUUGCAGUGCCGCGUCAAAGCAUCGUCGCCACCAAUUAUCAAAUGGUUUAAACAAGUGGAAGAUCCAGCGAUGGUGAGGAAAGCUGAUCCGAAUGCCACUGUGAUCAACAAUCUUUUCGGCAUGAUGCUGCUGCUCUUGGAUCAACCACAUGACGUUGUUUCGGUUGAGGCCCCAAUUCACCGCGCUGGCGGCGAGCACACGUACACGAAUCGCUUGGUGAUCCCAGCGGUUCGACAAGAACAUGCCGGCAAAUACGUCUGUGUGGUCACCUCUUCAACUCCUCAUCAAUUCCGAAUGGUUCACAAAACGGCACAAUUGGAUGUGAUUGAAGAUCUCUCAUCGAUGGGUCUAUCUUCUGAAGUGAUCUGGUUGAUCAUCAUCCCCGUCACAGCUCUCUUCCUCAUCCUUGCUCUGGUGGCUAUCAUUUGGCUACGAUGCACUCAAGAGGAUUGUGUCUCGAAGAGUCAACUCAAAGGCCGUCCUCCACCCCCACAACGUCCCCCACCCGCUGCUCCACAUCAAGAUCCGAUCUUUUACGAUCAAAAGCCUUUAACAGCUCAUAAUUUGGAAUCAUUCUUCCCGUCUCAAACAUUGCAAACACCAAGCUCAGCAACAUUGCAACGAAGACCUUUCUUGCAUAGAGGAGCUCGAGAAGACUUCUCGACAACGUUGGGCCGUGCCCCGUUGCCCCCAACAUCUCCAUAUUGGGGACAUCAAGGGAGAACGCUCGAGAAUCAACUCUACGGACAACACUACAGAACACUAGAGCCUGAGUUCUAUCGAAAACCUCUGGAGAAUCCGUACGAUUCGGGGAGCGGCAUCGAUCAAUCGCAACCAUUCCUCAGCUAUGCUCGAGAGAGCUUUAUGGACUCAUCGAGAUCUAGGAUUCCUUAUCCU